GACCUCUACGGAAAUCGGAAGGUGCGCAUUCGCAUUGGAGGCGUCACCAUCCCUUCCGGCGGCUUCUUCGCUCAGCGCUUGGCGGCGCAGGUCACGAACCAGUUCGAUCAGCGUCCCAACUACGUGCUCUCGAGCGGGAGCUAUAUCUACAAGGAGCCGAACCCGGGCAUCACGAUUGCGAAGGUUGUCUCGCAGCUUGGGGGAGGAAAUGCCAAGCCCUUCCGCGGCGACCAGAUGAACGUGCUCUACGCCAGGCUUACACUGUCCUCAACGAUCAAGGCCCGAGAUGAUACCUACAACGAUGCCUCCUUCACCAUUACGCUCCCGGAGGGGUACACCUGCAGAAUGCCCACGGCCUUCGAAGGCAUCAACCCAUGGGAAGCUGCCACGACUCUCCCGGCCUUCGGCAGCCAGGUGCCUCAGGGCCGAGGGACCCCAACCGAUGGUUCCUCAACUUUUGGCUGGAGCGUGGAAAGCAACAAGUGUAUCUUCACCCCGAAGCACCCGGAUGGCAUCGUCUACGCGGGCUCGUCCUUG